AUGCCCACGCUGAUGACUCCUCCACAUCCUAACUACAUCUACGAUACAGGCCAACCCAUUCUCGAUAUGCCGGAUCAUCAUGACUAUUUCUCUCCGAUAAUGAAAACGCGUGGCUUUCAGCAGGAUUUACGUCCACUAACACCGUACCCGCUAUAUGACGACGACUACGAAGUCGACAUAUAUAGUGGCCAUGGCGACUUCUUUCGCCCUGGGACAGGGGAAAACCUCCGAGCACAACAUCGGCUCCCAACACCUGAGGUAUAUAAUACGGAACACGAUCUCCCAGUGAUUAAGCCAGAUAUCCCAUGGUCACCGAAGACAUAUGACGCGGACCAUGAUCUGCCAGUCAUCAAGCCAGAUUCAUAUCUGGCAGAGACCUCAGAUCCCAACCACGACGAUGCUCAAUCCGAUGCUCCUGGACGUUCUCAAACUGAGCUCGUUUUUCCUCCACGCCGUCUUUCUGCAGCAACCGAGACUUUUGUAUCAGACUAUAGCAGACUUUCUGUACGCGUGCCCACCAUGCGGAGCGAUGAGACUUUUGUGACAGACCAUAACAGCCUGCCUGUACGUGUGCCCACCAUGAGGAGCGAUACGUAUCAGCCUGCUAUGGGGGGUCUGCAUCGGCUUGCAAAUAAUGAUGUUAAGCGUUCAAAGCGCGAUCGGAUCAAGCGUUUCAUUUGCGGUCGACAAAAGUUUGCAUGGCAGACUAAGUAG